AACCAGGGGGAGCAGCGAUAAUUCACUCACUCCACAAAUCAGAGACAUGUUCAAAGUUUUGGUCCCGGUCCUAAAUAACCAGAGCACGACAAUCAUUACACCCCUACUGGCGACAGGACGCCAGCGCUUUGACAAGAAUAUAGUACUAGAUGCGAUAGUUCAGGGGGCCAUCAGCUGGAUCCAGGCCGGACUUCCAUUGAAAAAGUUAAAAAUAGUCGUGUUUGGCGGGAAAGAUGAUGAUCUGAACAAGUGUUUCUCUAGUUUAAAAGAAAAACAUUUGAAGGCGAAUAGAAAACAGAAGAACAAUACUCCUUAUGAUAUAUUUCUUGUUUACCAACCAAGUGAUAUGCCUUUAGUGAAAACCUUGUCCAAGAAUCUUAGUAACCGGAAUAAAAAUACAACUAUCUACUCUAACGUCUCAAUGUUUAAUGAAGAAGAAGUAUGGCAGGAGGGAAUUUUUGAUCUUAUGAUGGGAAGUAAAAGAAUAGUUCCAGUACUGACCUGUAAUUUCAUUCAGAGUGGAGAGUGUUUGGAGAUGUUCAAUAUGGCGAUCUGCUGUACACGUCACCGUGGGAAGGAUUUUCUAGUCCCUUUGUACUUUGAGACAAUUCAGAUUAUUCCAGUCAGCAUUAGUCUGGUUCAGUUUCUCGAUUGCAGGGUACGAAAAGAGGGCGAUACCGCUGAAGGAAAAAUGGCGGCAGCAUGUGUUCAACUGUCGUUAACAGAGCCCGAAGAGGAGGAAAAUGUUGAUAGCGAGAAAGAAGACCAAUUCAAGAAUGACGUCUUCAUUUCAUAUGCUCACAAAAAUCCUACUGAAGCGCAUUCAUUACUAGAUGAAUUUGAAAAACAGUUUCCAGAACUUGAUGUUUUUUUCGACAGAGAGGAUUUACAAGUCGGUGGUUUGUGGCAGAAGAGUCUUUAUUACUCCCUGGACUCCGUGAAAUGUGUUAUCGCCCUUGUAUCACAGAGUUAUCUGUCGUCUGUGGUUUGUCAAGAAGAAUUCAAUAUCGCUUUGUAUCGAUGUAACAGAACACCAGGGGAGGUUCUUCUCUUUCUCGUUUGCAUCGAGGAUCUGCCGUCUGUUCCUGAAGUCUACGGUGAACAUAAACUGAUAGACGGCCGAGGAAACCAGUACAAUGAACUGGUCCCCAAUCUCGUUAAGGAUGUAGCAGAUUGGGUGCUAAAAAGAAAAAGACCAGCAUACCUUCCUAAUAUAUCAACAAAGGCUUCUCAAUAUUUCAAUUUUCCAAAGCAGUCAGAAGAUAGAAAGAAAGAAAUUUACGACAAUUACAACGUGAAAAUAAAUAGCAUCGAGAGAAAUGUUCCUUAUGAUAUGAAACCCCUGGACCAAUCUUCGUGUCAUGUUGUGGUUAGUGUCAGUCAGAAUGACCUUAGUUUGGCCACAUGUUUCUUGUAUCAGCUUCAGAAAAUUAAUCCAGGCAUCAAGACUGAACUUAUCGACGAUAACACAGGAAUUGACUUAAAGUGCUUACAGACAGCUCAAAAGAUCGUUGUUUUCAUAUCAAAGCAGUACCUUGAGUCAGCUCAUCACUUAGAGGAACUCUUAAUCGCUAUCAUUCGCCAGCGGAAUGAUAAAGAGAGGAAGGUGUUACACGUCUGUCAGACCACAAAAGUAGAGAAACCUGCCUUUGCAAAUUUAUUACCAGUAGAUGUAUGUUUGUGGGAUGAGUUUUGGGAGAUGUUCAAAGAAUCAAGUAAAACGGUCAAGCUGGAUAUCAUGGAAUUAAAAGGGUCAUUCUCGUACAAAUCACAGGACUUUGCAGCCAUGACCAAAUUAGCAGACGACAUAUUGCUUGAAUUGGGAGGACAAACACAGUCCAAACCAUCACCAAUCAUUGCAAAAGCAAGGAAAGAAAACUCAGAUGUGAUGCUUGAAUUGCAGAAGUGCCUUUUAAAAUUGGAACUUACCUCCAAACAACAGGGGACAAAUUCAACAAACAAUGGAAACAAAUCUUCAUCAUGCAAUAUUCUCUAGACAUUAAAAUCAUGUCAGUUUGUUUUACAGAUCACAGAUUUAUAUCUUUUAUGCCCCACCAUGAAUAUGACCUGGCUAUAAAAUGUUUGUCU